AAGUACUUCAUGCUGUCAAAAUAAUCUAUUUUCCAGUUGGCAAGCAGCAAACAUAAGUUGGUUAGAGAAAAAUUCCAAGGAGUCAAUGCAGAAGAAGCUGAUAAUAUUAAUGCAUUAUUUACGCUGACGCUGCUAGUUGCUCAACCUCUGCAUAAGAAACCAAAAAAAAGGAGCUGGAGGCCUUCAAAACAGGAGUCUAAGGAUGGGUUUAUUACCCAUGUUACAAGAUACAUGAACUUAAAUGAGACCAUCAAACAAAGAAGAGAAAAAUAUCUACAAUAUGGUAUUACUUUCCAACCUACGAUAUUUAUUGUAGGUGAAAAUUUGCAACAUAUUGAGCAGUAUUUUGUUGUUGUGGAUAAUACAUUUUACACUAUGCAUACCAUUAUGCAAGCGGUCGAUGUGUGUUUUAAAGCUUUCCAAGCACUGAAUUGUAAAUAUCCGGUUGAAAGCGAACUUAUUUGGCUGUUUAUACAGAGAGGGUUUUAUAAAAUAAGAACAUCUUAUGACAAAGAAUUUGUUUCGGUUAACUCAUUACUUGCUGAUUUACAUUUACUUGAGUAAAAUGCCUAAGUGCUUUAUAUGCAAAUUGGUCAUUUCUUCUAUAAAAGACUUAUGCCAUCACUUCAAAUACAUGCAUGGUAAUCAUAGUUUUGAUUAUUAUGAGUGUGCUGAGGAAAGGUGUAAUAGAAAAUAUUUUUUAAUUAAUUCAUUCAAAAAACAUUUAAAAAUCCAUACCUCAAUUAGUGAUGAUGCCGAAUACCUUAACGCACAUCAAAAUGUAAACAACUUUAAUUCUGAUAAUCUGAUUCAGCAUAAUAAUUGUAACGAAGCAAUUUCUGAGUUUUCUGAUUUGUCAACAGCUCACGAUUCAGGCACUGCCCAAACGGCGAUAGAUUUUGAGAGUUCUGUACUUAAAUUCACAGCUAAUUUACAUGCCAAUACUUUGAUCCCCAGAAAUGUAGUUCAAUAUGUUACUGAAAAUAUGAAUACCUUGGUCUCCGACUCAGUAAUAAAACCUCUUCAAAAUAUGUUGUCGCAGUGUUUGUCGCAAAGGCAAAUAUCUGCCGAAUGGGCUGGACGUUUGCAGAGCCAUUUAGAUAAAUUUAGUGAUUCUUUUGAAGAUGUAAGAUCUGAACAUGUACGUUUUGCUUUGUUCAAGGAAAAAGGUACUUACAUAGAGCCUGAAGAAUAUGUUCUUGGUCAAAGAUUAGAAACCAGCUAUGCUAAUAAUAGUUUUAAAUUGGUACCUACUACAUCCACAGGCCAAUUCAUACCACUUCGACAUGUAUUAAAAAAAUUUUUAGAAUCAAGUAACGACUAUCAGCAGAUUACCCAACACUAUAAUGAUUUAAAAUCUUCCAAUUGUGACGUUAUACAAAAUAUAGUCCAGGGUUCUGAAUGGCGAAAAAUGGUUACUUCUUGUAGUGGACAAAUUGUUUUACCCCUUGGACUAUAUUUUGACGAUUAUGAAGUAGGUAAUCCUCUUGGUAGCAGAGCUGGUGUACAUAAACUAGGUGCUGUAUAUAUAUCUAUUCUUUGUCUGCCACCGCACUACUUGUCAAAGCUACAGAACAUUUUCUUAGCAUUACUUUUCCAUUCAUUCGACCGUCAACAUUUUGGAAAUAGAGUAACUUUUGGUCCUAUAAUAUCAGAAUUAAAUUUUUUGAGUCGCCAGGGAAUCGAUUUGACUUUUUCCGAUGGAACGCAUAGUAAAGUUUUCUUUAAAUUAGCUGUGAUUUUGGGUGACAAUCUAGGUUUACAUAGCUUAAUUGGUUUUACUGAAUCCUUUUCUAGUAACUUUUCAUGUCGAAUUUGUAAGAUACGUAAAGAAGACCUAAGGUAUGCUCAUGAAUGUGACCGUGAUUUGUAUCGUACGAUGGAACAAUAUUUAAUUGAUUUAAACCAAAGAAAUGUAUCAGAGACGGGCAUCAAAGAAGAAUGUGUAUGGCAUGAUAUCGAUGGUUUUUCCGUUAUCAAUAACGUGCGGGUAGAUAUAAUGCACGAUUUACUCGAAGGUGUUUGUAAAUACGACAUGUCAUUUAUAUUGUAUUAUUACAUAGAACAAUUAAAAUUAUUCUCAUUAGAUACAUUGAAUGGAAGAUUAACUUGUUUUGAUUAUGGACCUGAUCGUAGCAAUCAACCACCCUGUAUACUUCAAGAACACCUUCGUAAUCAGUCCAUUAAAAUGUCAGCAUCGGAAAUGCUUUGUUUUGUAAGGUAUUUUAGUUUGCUAGUAGAGGAUUUGAUACCAACGAAUGAUACCCUUUGGGAGCUAUAUUUACAUCUUAGAAAAAUACUUGACAUUGUGAUUUCUAAUCAAUUGCAAAAAGGUACUAUUGAUUUUCUUAAGUUAUUAAUUUCUGAACACCACAAAUUAUAUUUACGAAUUACUAACAAAACGUUAACACCAAAAUUUCAUUUCUUAACUCAUUAUCAUGAUAUGUUACAAAAAUUUGGUCCAUUGGUAUCUAUCUGGUCAAUGAGGUUUGAAGCUAAGCACCGAUUAUCAAAACUUUCUGCAAAUGUAUCUAGCAAUAGAAGAAACGUUUGCAAAUCUCUAGCUAUUAGGCACCAACUAAAGUUGAAUAACUUGUUUCUCAAUAAACACCUUGAAAAGAAAGUACAGAUGGGACAUAACCGGCCAGUAGAUGACAAUAUAAAAGAAAAAAUUAUGAACAAAUUAAAUUUAAACUCUGCAUUUAUUGAAGAGUAUAAUUGGUUGAUUAUUAGCGGAACUAGGUACAAUUGCAACUUAGUGUUAACGUUAGAUGUAGUUAACGAUGGGAUGCCUAUUUUUGGUUCUAUUAAUAGCAUUUUUUUUGUGCAAUGAUGACAUACUAUUUGAGGUAAACCUUUUUGAAACACAGUAUUUUGAUGAAAGACUUUGUUGUUUUGUAGUUAUUAAGAGUAAUGCAGAGACUGAAUUUUUCAUGUACGACAAACUUUAUAGCUAUGUCCCAAAUACCAUGACACGUAGUCGUGACAGUAGAACAACUUACGUUACUCUGAGGUCUUCAAUAUAAUUAUAAGACUACAGUACCGGCCAAUAAAAUAUCACCUUUAUUUUGUCGGUACAACUUUUUAAAUAUUUGUAAAUGUCUUCCACCUCAGUAAUAAUAGUACUUUUAUGCGAGGGGUGAGGAUAAUUGAUUUCAUGCAGUGGUUUAUUCAUAAAUGUUUUUUGUUAUAUAUGUACAGUCAACUACAAAAAGAUGUAUCCAUAUUUUCAACUUAUUGCUUUGGAAUAAGAUCCAAAAGUGGAUACAUCUUUUUAAAGUUGACUGUACGUAGUAUCAGAGAGAAUAAAGACAUAGAGUGAAAUUUCACGAAAAAGUCCUAGCGAACUUACCUAGACGUUAUUUUGCUAUCCGACACCAGGUGUCGCCAUUUUUUAGUCAACAGUUAAAGGUGGCAGUUAAGUGGAUUAUGGAAAAGGUGGCGCCACGGAACCUAGCAUCAAAAUGUUGUUAGACUUUGUCACUCUUAUGUCUUUAUUCUCUCUGAUAGUAUAUAGCAAAAGGUGAUUUAUUAUUCGCCGCUGCAACAGUAUCACUAUACUUAUUAUUUAGCUCAAAGAAUAUCUAAUUCGUACAUUUCUAAAACAGCACGUUAUUUACAGUUACCCCAGCAAUAUCUGAUUGCCUCGGUGCUCAUGUUUGGGGGAGUACAUGUUUAGAUAUUCUGGAGCACUUUAGCUGCCCGGAUGUUACUGAUGGUUGCUGUGUACCUACUGCAAACCGUUUUUUUUAAUGAUUUAUACACAAGGUCAAGUUGGAUAAGUGGAAUACUUGUAUGGAAUCUUCAUACUGUUUCAAUUU